AUGUCGGAAGCUACUAUGAAAUUUGGGACGCCAUUCCAGUCGUUUCUCGACACUUCUUUCUUUCAGGAGCUCGCAAGGCUCAAAUUAGAUGUCCUGAAGCUCGAUGCAUCAACGAAGAGCCUGGGUAGUUACGUCGAUAUGAAUCAUAUUCCAAAAGGAUCGCCCUGUGCGCAUCUAUUUUUAAAUGACCAAAGUUUUUCGGGGUUUCCUGCGAAGGAAGAGGGAAUUUCUAUCAAUGGUUCCCUGUACAAUUACAACACAAUUGAGGAGUUUAAGAAAGUCGAAAAAACCCAAUUUCUUUACGAUCGUGCUGAAGAAGCAUGGAAUGCGGGUUUGGAAAAUCCCGACAACUGUGUAGUGUUGUCAGUGAUCAGUUUUGCCGAUUUAAAGUCUUACAAGUUUUUCUACUGGGUGUGCGUUCCUUGUUUCCAGCCGGCUUGGUUGCAUAUAGAAUCCUUGAAGACCGGGCAGCUCUCGGAUUGGAAAAUCUAUAAUAGCUGGUUCAAGUCACAUCCCGACAGCUGGACCUGUGUAGGUGAUGCCAGUAGCGGCUUGUUCCAAUUUUCGAAAGAUCGCGCAGCCACUUGUACGCUUUUAGCAAUCCGGGAUACAUGCAAGAUUGACAUGGUGCCUUCGGCAAUAGUCAAGAACUUUAUCUCUUUGCUGAAAUAUUUCAAUUCCGACUUGAACAAGUUAAGAUUGGUUUUAGUCAGAUCAGAUGCACAAUCAAGUUUCUGGAUUGACGUUGCUCUCCGAUCCGAUAGCAGUACAAAAUCAGCUGCCCUCAAGGUUACUGGGUGGGAACGAAACUCGCAAAAUAAACUCACCCCAAGAGCAACGGAUUUGAGCUCCCUCAUUGAUCCCCUACAACUGGCAGAUCAAUCCUUAGAUCUUAACCUAAAACUAAUGAAAUGGCGUAUAGCGCCACAAAUUGAACUUGAAGUCAUUAAAAACACAAAGGUUUUGAUUCUAGGUGCGGGUACGCUAGGAUGCUACGUUUCGCGUGUAUUGCUGGCCUGGGGCGUUCGCCAAAUAACCUUUGUGGACAAUGGAACUGUUUCAUAUUCAAACCCCGUGCGACAGCCUCUCUUCAAUUUUGAUAGCUGCGGGAAGCCUAAGGCUGCUGCUGCCGCAGAGGCCCUGAGCCAAAUUUUCCCUUUAGUUAAAAGCACCGGAAUUGAGCUACAGGUCCCUAUGAUUGGCCAUCCUGUUACAAAUGAAGCAAAGGAGAAACAAGAUUUCGAUAAACUUGUAGAACUUGUACAAGCUCAUGACGUAAUUUUUCUACUAAUGGAUUCUAGGGAAACCAGAUGGCUACCGUCGGUAUUAGGCUGUGCUGAAAACAAAAUAGUAAUCAAUGCAGCUUUAGGGUUUGAUAGUUAUCUCGUCAUGCGACAUGGUUCUUACAUGGCCGACGAGGAAGAAGCUCGUCUGGGAUGUUAUUUCUGCCAAGAUGUCGUUGCUCCCAGUGAUAGUUUGACGGAUCGCACUUUGGACCAAAUGUGCACCGUCACGCGACCAGGAGUUGCAUUGAUGGCAGCCUCGCAGAGCGUCGAGCUAUUGAUUUCCAUCCUCCAAAACCCAACGUUCAAUACCAAUUCAACUGAUGUCAAGACUGUCUUGGGCGAUUUUCCGCAUCAAAUUCGUGGCUUCUUGAAUGAAUUUAAGACUUUGCAGCUCCAAAGCCCUGCUUUCAAACACUGCUCGGCUUGUAGCCCUUCCGUGAUAGAACAGUACAAGAAGAGAGGCUGGAGUCUCGUUAAGGAUGCUUUGAACAAUUACAAGUAUAUUGAAGAUCUGUGUGGAUUGACAGAAGUUCAAACUCAAGCCGAAGAAGCGUUAAGUCAUGUCUUAGAUGAGUGGGAUGACGAAGGAGUUGAUGAAGAGGUUCUCUUGUAG